AACGAACAAUAUCAUCCUUGGCACUCAACCGUACCGCACAGGUGGAAACAACCCUCCUGUCUUACCCUGGAUCGAUCGCAAAUCCAUCAUUGAUGCCAGUGAGGAACGCAACAACAAAAACAGUGUUUCUCUAACAUCUGAUGUUUCGUAUUGAGAGCGAGGGAAGUUUCGUCACUGCCAUCAUUCACUGGAGUUUCCUGUUCACAUUCGCAUUCCAGAGUAGCAAAUUGCAGACAGCCUGCGCCUUUUCUGGAACGGGAUCCUUUCCCCCGAGACCAAGCUUAUUUGGUUCGAAAUUACGACCAAAAGCUCUCGAGAUGACGGCCCGUGCAUCCGCGGAUACGAGUCCGGCAAGCGAACCCCCGGUUGCCGUGGCCAACCGUUUGUUUUUGUCCCACAUCGACUACGCCAACCGAGGCGACGGCAAAAGCGGCGACACGACCGCGCCCGGCGAUGAUCUCUCGCAGGAAUUCGUAAAACAGCAGCUGGAGGGACUCUUCUCGAGGUUCGGAUCGGUGCAGGAAAUCUACCUUUCCGAAAAAGAAGACCCGGGCCGGAGCGAGAACAACCCCUCGGAACGCCGGCCGCCCUUUGGCUUUGUCGCCAUGGAAACCGCCUCCGAGGCACAGGCCGCUCUCGACGGGCUCCGCGAAACCGGUGGCAACCAAUCAAUCGGCAAUGCGCGGCGCCUCUUUGGGGACGUGGCACCGGCCAAGGUCCACAAGUCGAAGAACAACCAGCAAAACAAAAACGAGCGCAUGCGGUCGGAAMGACGGAAGGAAUUUCGAAGCCGCCGGGCCCUCGUGGAGGGCGGGAAGAGCGGGAGCGCCGCCGCGAACCUCGUGUGCCAGGUCCAUACCUCCCACCUCGACCGGCUGAACGACUUUGUGGCGGCCCGGGAGGGGGUGGGCCUGGUGGGCUCGUUCUCGGUGCAAAAGGGGACGUCCUUUGCGGUCCUGCGGGUCGAUGCGCCAUCGGAGGACGACGGCGUCGACGGCGCCGAACAAUUUUCCCGGACGCUGUGGAACACGUGGUACGUGGCCCCCAAUCUGAACCGCGUGACGCUCCUGGACCACGGGGAGGGCGGCUCUAGUCCCGUCGUCGAGGGGAACCUUCGGACGGGGGUGGUUCCGGCGAUUUUCCGCUCCCUUUCCGGACUACCGGGGGCGGGUGGCGGAAAGGUCCUGCUCCGGGUGGCCGUCUUUCCCCCCAAGCUCCAGCGGGCGCUGUUGGUAGGCAUCGAGGACUACCAACACACCAGCCGCCAAGAAGGCGACGCGGACGUCGAGCUCUGCCCCGGGAAUCCCACMCACACGAUCUCCGUCGUCCAGCUGCAUCCCGGCGUUGUGGCGACUCCCAAGAGCAAGGGCGACAACGACAAGGCCCUGUACGUUCUGGGCCGCCCCGAGUGCGUUUCCUCUGUGCCAAAGAAGCGUUCCCUGUCCGGAGAGGGCAGUGAAACUACGGACAACAACAACAACAACAACAACAACAACAACAACGUCCACUCCGACAAGUACGAGCUACAGCAGCAGUCCACAAGCGUCGUGCCUCAACCCAAGAGGCAGCACAGGCAAAACGGCGACGAGGCUGGCACAGCAGCGGCAGCCGCCCACAACUCGAACCUCAAGGUGAUCGGCGGCGAUUCCGGGGCGACUGGUGGGGAGGACAAGAGCAUUUCGAGGGCCUACUGGAAACUCCAGGAAGCCUGGGAGCGGUACCGGUACCGGUACGAAGCCCCGUGCCUCGAUGCCGCCGGGAGCGGGCACGGCGAGGCGCUGUGGGCCCUGGACUGCGGGGCAGCUCCCGGCGGCUGGACGAAGUUUCUGUUCCGGCCGGGCGUCGUCGGCAGGAUCUACGCCGUGGAUCCCGGCGAGUUGUCUCGAGACGUGGUGCCGGGCCUCGACGAGGGCCUCGCCGAGGCCGGCGCGUCGACGCCAGCGGCAACCUCCAUUGUGAAGCACGUUGCUACCACGAUCCAGGCCGCGGUCCCGGACCUGGCGGCGGACCUCCGAUCGUCGUCCAGGACCAACAAGGUUCUGGACAUCUGGGUGAGCGACAUGUGCUGCAAGGAUAUGGCGGGCCAGAUCGAUUGCUUCUUGCUGGCCCGGUCCGAGGGCGUCGUCGGUCCCGGGACCUUUUUUGUGCUCACCCUCAAGUGCGUGGUGGGGUAUUCGGCCACGGCGUUCGAGUACCAGGCCAAGGAGCAGGUCGCACGGCUGGAGGGGAUCAGCAGGGAUGUUCAGGUGGUCCACCUGUUUUCUAAUCGGAGCAGCGAGCGGACCAUCAUUGGGUAUUUGUGCUGAGCCAGCAGCAGGAAAAACCAUUCCCACCCCGCGGAUUCGCACCGGUGCGAGCAAACAAAACACAAACACGAUU